CAUGCGUGACCACGCGGCAUGCUAAUGAUGCUAAACACAUUGUAAAUGGCGUUCAAGCGGGACCGUCCGAAGCAAGUACCAUGGUUUUCGCUCGCCGAGUGGCACGAUGUUUACGAACAAAUUUAUUCCAACGAUACGAUUGAGCAGAUUAAAGGCUACGAGAGGCUGCUGGUAUGGAAAGCGAGGCUUCCGAAAUUGCCAGUCGGUGUCGAAUGCACGCUGGCUAUUAUGCAAGUCUGCCUCAGAGACAGGGAAAUCACCCCAAAGAUUGACAGAGGAGAUUUACCGGCUUACUAUGAGAACGACCUCUGCCUGAUGUACUCAACAACGAUCAUGAGGUUCCUUAAUCACAUAACCAACAUCGGUGAAACUAAGCAAUCUUCCCUUUUUCAAAUAGCUAAGCAGCUCAAUAUUCCACGAUGGAUUGUCAACAUACGACACGAUGCUGCACACGGCCAUGAAUUACCAUCGAUCGAUGUAUUGCGUAUAGCUACAAAUAUGCUACUCGAUUGGCUACAUGAAGAAUAUUGGGCAGCAGAAUUGAAAGCUAUGAAAGACGAUAUUACUAAACAAGUGGAGGAAGAGAAUGAGCCAGAUGAAGCACAGACGUUAACGGAUUUAAUUGAAUUGUGGAUCGCAAUUGGUUUAUACAUCCAUGCUGGUUACGCCUCGAUAAAAGACAUACCUGAUGCACAGUUAAGAGAAACGUUGAGCGACUUACGAGCAUACACUCUGAAUGUGCCAAACAACGAAAAUACAGAAUACACCGAUAUUGACGUCAAUACAGAAACUCGAAAUGAUACUGAUCCUCGCUAUGACGAGAAACACGAACUCAUAGCAGAACAAAGCAAUCUUUUGUGUCAAAUAUCCAGAUAUUUAGGCAAAAACAAAUUUCUACCAAAUAAAGACGAAAUUAUUUUGAAUGUUCUACUUGGAGGGGAAGCGUUCCUUCCAAGUGAAGAAUUUCUUGAGAUAUUUGAGAGAAGAAAGAGAUCAAGUUCAGAUACUGAAAACUGUAAUUGUCUUCCGUCACGUUUCAUCAACUUUUGGUUAGAGUUUAUAAAACUGUUACAUGAGAAGGAAAUUUUACAAAAACUAAUACUGCGGCUAUUGGAACUGCUAAAUGAUGAGAAAGAGAAUGAACAAAAGCAUCUUAUUGCAUCUCUGUGGAUGAAAUAUAUAGCGUCUAGUCUAUGCAAAAUCAAAUUAGCUCAAAAAAUCAAACAUAGGAUGGAACAUCUCGUAGAAAACAAAAGGAGAAGAACUUCAUCAACUACAUUGUCUCUUAAAAUUCAAGAUGAAGUCGAUAGAAACUUUCCCGAACUUAGAGACAUUUCAUGGCUCAAUGUCUCAGGUGAAAUACCCAGCUUUCUGACUAACAUAAAUUUUGUUAGAACAAUAAUUUCUAAUCUGAACAGCAAAUUUUCGAACCAUUUCGUUGAACCACUUCUGGAACUGAUAACACCCAGCAUAAGGAAUGACGUCAGAGAAAAUCUUAUUGAUUUCAUCAGUAUUUAUACAGCGGGACAAAAUAUUGAAGACGAGAAAUUAGUUGGUAAAGAUAAUGUCAAAAGCAUCAAUGAUUUUACUGCAUUGUUUGAAGAUCAUACCAAUGAAAGUAUCAGAAGUGAUGAAAGAUUGGAUCAGUCCAAUUCCGAAGAUAAUAUCGAAAUAGCAGAUCUAACAACCAGAAGUUCAAACUGGAUACUUGAAACAGAAACAUGUGUUGACUGGGGAAGUUGUCCGAUUGGAAUACUACCAUGGCAGUUGGAGUCGAUGGAUACAGUGGAUACGUAUUCGGUAGUGAAUAUAAUAACUGAUAAGGGUUCCAAAGAUGCUGAUAUCGUGCCAGGAAUUGUCAACAGUAAAAGUUUCAUGAUGAGAAGUAAAAUAAAUUGGAAUAGCGUUUUGGGAAAAAAGAAGAGACCAAAACGGAAAAAAAAUCUCGAAAACAUUGAUAAAAUGGUCGAUAUGGCAAUUCAAAUUGUGAAAAAAAGCUGUUAAAUUUACAAGUUUUACUUCAGGCGUAUAUUGUGGACGUUUUUAACAAAUUUCUCUUUUCCAACAUGUUCCUCAUCCGUAGUUUAAUCCAAUGUAUACCAACUUACAAUCAGGUAUGUAGAAUUGCGAUGAUCAAAUAUUCCGUAAAAUGAUUAGUCGUACCUGAAAGAUAGGGGGCAAGUAGGCAUACAUAUGCACUUUAGGGUAUUGAUAGUGAAUGUCAAUGAUUUUAGAGAGAGUUUAUUUGCUUCAGCGUUUAACAAAGUUUUCUUCUGACAUUGAACACAGCUAAAAAAAAAUGGUUUAAAACUAUGCAUGCCAUUUUGAAUUGAAAUAGGUAUAUAAACUAGAUUUCAAAGGCUCAUUUUGAUAUAAAAAUAUAUUUGUUGGUAUACGCGAGUAUACAUAAUAGUUUGUAUACCAUUUCAUAUACGUAAUAGUAGCAAUUAUUAAAUGUAAAAUUCGUUAAAUAUCGUUAGGAAUAAAUAUCAAGCACUUUAUAUACUUUCCUCACAAUGAUGGUACCUUUUUUACUAUUACAUAUCACUAUUUGCUACUGAGUAAAUAACAAACGAAUAGCGUAAAUACUUUAACGAUAAUUUAUAUUUAUUUUUUGUAAUAUUGACUAGAAUGAAUUUUAACGUGCCAGGCAGUUAAUAACAGUAACUUAUCUUCAAUGUAUCAUGAAUUAUAUUUUGAAUUUUUCAAAUUUGUACUAGGCAUUAUAGUUCUUUUUUUUCGUUUUUGUUUCUGUGAUUCUGAAACAGUUUCUACACUUUGCUACUGUUA